AUGGGGUUGGGUUCCCACCUCCGACAUCGCGGCGACAAGCUGCGCCGCCGACUGCAACAGUUGCCCAAACUGGCCCGCGAGGAGACGCCAGCUGCCACCUACUACUGCUCUGGUCAGCCGGGCUCCACGGGACGCAUCUCCUGGGCCCCGGACUCCGGGGACAUUGCGGAGAGACCUCUUCCGGGCUGUCCUCGUCGUCUGAUCUUGCCACAGGCAUUUGCACAGUCAUCAACUCUUCAAACUCAUCAGAGAACACACACGGGCGAGAAGCCAUUCCUGUGCCCUCUGUGUGGGAAGACAUUUGCACACUCAUCACAUCUUCAGAGUCACCAGAGAACACACACGGGCGAGAAGCCAUUCCUGUGCCCUGUGUGUGGGAAGGCAUUUGCACGCUCAUCAAACAUGAACAGACACCAGAGAACACACACGGGCGAGAAGCCGUUCCUGUGCUCUGUGUGCGGGAAGACAUUUGCACACUCAUCACAUCUUCAGAGUCACCAGAGAACACACACGGGCGAGAAGCCGUUCCUGUGUACUGUGUGUGGGAAGACAUUUGCACAGUCAUCACAUCUUCAGAGUCAUCAGAGAACACACACGGGCGAGAAGCCAUUCGUGUGCCCUGUGUGUGGGAAGACAUUUUCAAAGUCAUCAAAUCUUCAUAGUCAUCAGAGAACACACACGGGCGAGAAGCCAUUCCUGUGCCCUGUGUGUGGGAAGACAUUUUCCAAGUCAUCAAAUCUUCAUAGUCAUCAGAGAACACACACGGGCGAGAAGCCAUUCCUGUGCCCUGUGUGUGGGAAGACAUUUGCAGACUCAUCAACCAGGAACAGGCAUAAGCCAUUCAAUUGCUCUGUGUGUGGGAAGGCAUUUUCAUGGUCAUCAAGUCUUAAGAGACACCAGAAAACACACACGGGUGAGAAGCCAAUCCUGUGCUCUGUGUGUGGGAAAACAUUUGCACACUCAUCACAUCUUCAGAGUCAUCAGAGAACACACACGGGCGAGAAGCCAUUCCUGUGCCCUGUGUGUGGGAAGGCAUUUGCACAGUCGUCAACUCUUCAAAACCAUCAGAGAACACACACGGGCGAUAAGCCAUUCCUGUGCCCUGCGUGUGGGAAGGCAUUUUCACAGUCGUCAACUCUUAACAGGCAUCAGAAGAGACGCUCUCCACAGCCCCACGCACACGGGGGCAAGGAACAAUUCAAUUGCUCUGUGUGUGGGAAGGCAUUUUCAUGGUCAUCAAGUCUUAAGAGACACCAGAGAACACACACGGGUGAGCAGCCAUUCCUGUGCUCUGUGUGUGGGAAAACAUUUGCACACUCAUCACAUCUUCAGAGUCAUCAGAGAACACACACGGGCGAGAAGCCAUUCCUGUGCCCUGUGUGUGGGAAGACAUUUGCACAGGCAUCACAUCUUCAGAGUCAUCAGAGAACACACACGGGCGAGAAGCCAUUCCUGUGCCCUGUGUGCGGGAAGACAUUUGCACAAUCGACAACUCUUCAAACUCAUCAGAGAACGCACACGGGCGAGAAGCCAUUCCUGUGCCCUGUGUGUGGGAAGGCAUUUGCACGGUCAUCAACUCUUCAAACUCAUCAGAGAAUGCACACGGGCGAGAAGCCAUUCCUGUGCCCUGUGUGUGGGAUGACAUUUGCAAAGUCAUCAAAUCUUCAUAGUCAUCAGAGAACACACACGGGCGAGAAGCCAUUCCUGUGCCCUGUGUGUGGGAAGACAUUUGCAAAGUCAUCAAAUCUUCAUAGUCAUCAGAGAACACACACGGGCGAGAAGCCAUUCCUGUGCCCUGUGUGUGGGAAGGCAUUUGCAGACUCAUCAACUCUUCAUAGUCAUCAGAGAACACACACGGGCGAGAAGCCAUUCCUGUGCCCUGUGUGUGGGAAGGCAUUUGCAGACUCAUCAACUCUUAAUAGUCAUCAGAGAACACACACGGGCGAGAAGCCAUUCCUGUGCCCUGUGUGUGGGAAGACAUUUGCAAAGUCAUCAAAUCUUCAUAGUCAUCAGAGAACACACACGGGCGAGAAGCCAUUCCUGUGCCCUGUGUGUGGGAAGGCAUUUGCAGACUCAUCAACUCUUCAUAGUCAUCAGAGAACACACACGGGCGAGAAGCCAUUCCUGUGCUCUGUGUGUGGGAAGAAAUUUUCACGGCCAUCACAUCUUCAAGCUCAUCAGAAAACACACACUGGCGAGAAGCAAUUCCCGUGCUCUGUGUGUGGGGAGGCAUUUGCACGGUCAUCAACUCUUCAGAGUCACCAGAAAACACACACGGGCGAGAGGCCAUUCCUGUGCCCUGUAUGUGGGAAGACAUUUGCACAGGCAUCAACUCUUCAAACUCAUCAGAGAACACACACGGGCAAGAAGCCAUUCCUUUGCUCUGCUGAGCACGUACAGGACGAGGCGGUUGAAGAACUACUAGCUGCGGGCCCUACUCUGGGGGACGCGGAGAGAGACAAACUGGAAAGCCCCGUCACCCUGGAGGAGCUGCACACUGCCAUGAAAAGUCUGGCAGCUGGCAAAUCCCCAGGGAUCGAUGGGCUGCCAGUUGAGUUCUACGAAACUUUCUGGGAUGUACUCGGCCCUUGCCUGCUGGGGCUGCUGGAGGAGAGCCUGCGGGACGGGGAACUCCCGCAGAGCUGCAGGAGGGCGGUGGUCACCCUGUUGCCUAAGAAGGGGGACCUGCGUCGCAUAGAAAACUGGCGGACCGUCUCCCUCCUGUGUGCCGACUAUAAAAUAUUCGCCAAGGCGCUGGCAAACCGCCUCAAAGAGGUGGUGGAUCAGCUCGUGCAACCCGAGCAGGCGUAUUGCAUCCCCGGCCGCUGCAUCUAUGACAACAUCGGCACGGUCAGGGAUGUGAUCUCCCUCGCGGAUAUGCACGACGUGGAUGCGGGUCUCCUAUUCAUGGACCAGGAGAAGGCGUUCGACAGGGUGAGCCACGAGUACCUGAGAAGACUGCUCCUCUCCUUCGGGGUCCCGGGGCCGGAGAACGCAGUCAUAAAGCUCUCCGCAUAUGCGGACGACGUAUGCGCCGUGAUCAACGACGCGCAGGACGUCGCUGCACUCUGCCGGGCGGUGGAGGUCUAUGAAAAGGCCUCCUGCGCCAAAGUCAACUGGCGGAAGUGUGAGGCGUUAUGGAUGGGGUCACAAGAGCCUGUUGGAGGCGUGGCGGAGCCUGGAAUGGAGCAGGGCGAGCCCGCUUUCCAGGAGUUGCGCGUCUCCUGCAUCCAGCCCCCCGGGCGCUGUGAGGCAGGGAGGUUGCUCAAGCUCGCGAACUGCAGAGACGUGGCCCUCAAGGGUGCCUCCAAGCGGGUGCUAAAACAGCUCUACAAGGCCCCCGUUGCAAAGCGCAGCGGGGACCUCCAGUGGAGGCUGGCGCAUUGGACGCUGCCCUCGGCGGCGUGGAUCAGCAAGGUCACCCCGGGGGCAUCAGACCUGUGCGUGUUCUGUGGCGCGAGGGAGGACCUCGCCCACCAGUACGUGGGGUGCUCGCGGCUGGACCCGCUGUUCAGACUCCUGGGAGCCGUGUUUUAA